CCUGGCCUUCUGGGUAAUGGAGUUUCCGGGGCACUCCGCGCGCCCUCGGUCCCGGCAGCAGAGCCCCCAGGCCGCGGGACCCCCGCCGCUCCGCUGAUCUCUGCGGCGCGCGCGCGGACCCGCCGGCGGGGUCGGAGGCCCUGAGGAUGUCUGCGGUGUCCCGGAAGCCCAAGACGUUCAAGCUGCGGGCCCUGCACGGCCCCCAGAAGUUCGGGGUGGCGGGGAGCAGCUGCCAGGACGUGCUGCGGAAGGGCUGCCUCCACCUGCAGCUCCCUGUCGCCGGCUCCCGCCUGUGCCUGUACGAAGACGGCACGGAGCUGACCGAAGAUGACUUCUGGAGCGUCCCCGACGGCUCGGAGCUGGUGCUUCUCACCGCGGGCCAGACCUGGCAAGGCUAUGUGAGUGACAUCCGUCGCUUCCUCAGCGCCUUCCACAAGCCGCACGAGGGGCUGAUCCAGGCCGCGCGGCAGCUGCUGUCCGACGAGCAGGCCCCGCUGCGGCAGAAGCUGCUGGCCGACCUCCUGCACACCGUCAGCGAGAACAUCGCGGCCGAGACCAGGGCUGAGGACCCGCCGUGGUUCGAAGGUUUGGAGUCUCGAUUCAGGACUAAGUCUGGGUACCUGAGGUACAGCUGUGAGAGCCGGAUCCGGAGCUACCUGAGAGAGGUGAGCUCUUACGCCUCUGUGGUCAGCGUGGAGGCCCAGGAGGAGUACUCCCGCAUCGUGGCCGUCAUGGGCCGGGAGCUCCGGGCGGCGCAGUACCACGGCACCUACUUCGACAGAGGCGCCAAGGCCGGCCGCCGGCUCUGCACGCCGGAGGGCUGGUUCUGCUGCCAGGGCCCUUUCGACGUGGACGCCUGUGCAUCCAAACACUCCAUCAAUCCCUACGGUAACAGGGAGAGCCGCGUCCUCUUCAGCACGUGGAACCUGGACCAUAUAAUAGAGAAGAAGCGCACGGUCGUUCCCACGCUGGCAGAAGCCGUGACAGCACGAAAUGGCAGGGAAGUGGCCUGGGAGUACUUUUACGACCUGCUCUUCACCUCGGAGAACCUGAAGCUGGUCCACAUCGCCUGCCAUAAGAAAACCACCCACAAGCUCAGCUGCGACCCACGCAGGCUCUACAGACCACGGUCGAAGCCGAAGAGGCGGUGGCCGGCCCGCAGGGGCCAGUGACGGGCGUGACGGGCGGCCGCGCUUCCUCCCCGGGUGCGAUGCCCGUGGUUUGUGUUCUUGUCACUGUGUGGCUCCUGGAGACUUCAGAGGUCCCCGCUACAGUCUCUGAAGUGGGGUUUGCACUGCUGAGCUCUAGCGCCAAAGGACCUGUUGCUGCACAGCCGGGACACGUGUGGGUGGGCAGGGACGAGGCAUCGUCCUCAGCUCGGGCCCCUCCCGCCCCGAUGGCCCCACUGCCAUGCACACACAGGGUGGCCUCCCCACUGGCCUGGAGUCAGGCCAGACAUGGCCACGCUGGCCUGAGGGACAAGUGGUCUGUGUCCGCGCUCGGCUGGGUGGGCGCUCCGGCGACACAUGCAGAGCUCUGCCCUCUCGGCUUUUCCGAUUGUGCCCAAGGGUUGCAGCCCAUUUGGGGUAAAACGUUUGUAUUCGGAAAAGCACAUGCAAGGACCAUCAUUUCUGGUGGCAGAGAGCGGGAGACCCUGCGGCGUGUGUCCAUAGGGGAAGGGCUGACCGUGGUCUCGUGCCGGAGCACAGGACAUUGCUGUCCUUGUCAAUCAGAAAUGGUCAGGCGUCCUCCCCAUCGACACUCUGGUGUGUUUCUGUGUGGAAACGGGGCCGUGUGGCAGGGCACGAGGCACUCAGUGGCUUCCUCACGCGGACUGUGACCUGGUCUUAUAACCGCCUUUGUGUGUGUCACACGUGCGUGUUACUGCACACGGGAGUCUGCGAGGAAACAUGCCUUCUGGACAGUGACCCCGGGGACGCGGUGGGGGUGCUCUGGAUUAGAAAGGGCUAAUUUUCUAAAUCUUGUGUUUUAUAAAACCUCAAGUUUUUGAAAUAAGCACUGAUUUCAUAAUUUUUUAAAAUAGACUUCUUAAAGUCCUGCAGAUUAUAAUACUUGACUUUUUACUUUUGUAUAAUUGUAAAAACCAACAAAGAUUUUUCAGUAGACCCAUCGAAAGUCGGCACUCUCUGGGAAUGAUAAAAAUAAGGAUGAAAAUAAAGGGUCAGUGAUUUUGAAAAAAA